AUCUCUUCAAAUAAAUAAACAAAUUUCCUCAAACCAACAUAAAUAUUUAUCUAACUCUAACAAAACAUAAAUUUUCAUUGCAUUUCUACUUAACAUUCAUAACUGUUUCUUGCUUACUUUGGAAUCUCCACCUCCUUUUUUCUUGUUUUUUCAGAAAGCUAUCAAACCGGUGUUCGGAGAGACUUAACAUACUAUCUGAUUAUGCUGAGUUGAUUUAGAUGAAUACAGUCAUAGAGAUAAAAUCAAAAUAUUGCUUCACUUAAUUGGUUAAAAGUUUGUAAUGCUCUUUGAAUAUAGCUGAAGGAAGCCAUAUGAUGGCCACUGCUGCAGUUAUUGGACUUAGUGCAGGAAAGAGGCUCUUGAGCUCAACUUUUUAUUAUUCUGACCUCACAGAAAAGCUUUCCAAUUCCAAUGAUCACGGAUUGAGUCACUACCAAGUUGCUCUGAGUAAGACGGUGAUAGUUUCCGCAAAGAAGUCAGCAAAUUAUGGCCCUAGUUUCCCAUCUUCCAAUCGAACUACACAGUCUAUUAAGGCUCUUAAGGAACAUGUGGAUACUUCCUCUACUCCCACAACUGCAGUCACGAGGUUCGAUACUUCCGAUGACAUAGAAGAAGAAAUUUCUGAAGUCGACUAUUCAGUAGAGGCGCUACUUUUGCUGCAGAAGUCCAUGCUUGAGAAACAAUGGAAUCUUUCGUUUGAGAGGACGACCACAAAUGAUCCACCGAGUACAAAAAGUCAGAAGAAGAUAACUGUUGCUUGUUCCGGGACAUCUGCUCGCCAACGGAGAAUUACUAUUAGAAGGAAGAAUCUAAACGAGAGCAAACCCGUAGUGCAAGCUAGUUUCUUUAAGCAGCUAAGAUCAGCUAUUAGUCCAGAGGGGCUGCAAAAUCGUAUGAAGGGUUAUGUAAAGGGUGUAAUAAGUGAAGAGCUCCUCACCCACGCUGAGGUUGUGCAGCUGUCCAGGAUGAUAAAGGCUGGCCUUUCCUUGGAGGAUCAUAAAUCCAGGCUGAAGGAAAGAUUAGGAUGUGAUCCCUCUGAUGAACAAGUUGCAACCUCGUUGAAGAUUUCUCGAGCAGAGUUACAGUCCAAAUUGAUGGCUUGUACUUUAGCAAGAGAGAAGCUGGCAAUGAGCAAUGUUCGUCUAGUCAUGUCUAUAGCUCAAAAAUAUGAUAACAUGGGAGGUGAAAUGGCUGAUCUUGUUCAGGGAGGAUUGAUCGGACUACUGCGUGGUAUUGAGAAAUUUGAUUCUUCGAAAGGGUUCAGAAUUUCAACUUAUGUUUACUGGUGGAUACGUCAGGGUGUCUCCAGAGCUUUAGUCGACAAUUCUAGAACCUUAAGAUUACCUAAUCAUUUACACGAAAGGUUAGGAUUAAUUCGGAAUGCAAAAAUCAGACUGGAAGAGAAAGGAGUAGCUCCUUCAAUUGUUCAAAUAGCCGAGUCCCUGAAUAUGUCAGAGAAAAAAGUUCGGAAUGCUACAGAGGCGGUUAGCAAGGUUUUCUCUCUUGAUAGGCAAGCAUUCCCCUCUCUGAAUGGUCUCCCAGGAGAAACACACCAUAGUUACAUUGCAGAUAAUAGCCUCGUGAAUAACCCGUGGCACGUUGUAGAUGAAUGGGCACUAAAGGACGAAGUAAAUAAGCUUAUUGAUUCGACUCUCAUACAACGAGAAAGGGAGAUCAUACGACUUUACUAUGGUUUGGGUAGCAAAAGUCUCACUUGGGAGGACAUUAGUAAACGGAUAGGAUUGUCGAGAGAAAGAGUACGGCAAGUCGGACUUGUUUCGCUGGAGAAACUAAAACAUGCUGCAAGGAAGAAGAAGCUGGAGGCAAUGCUGGUGAAACAUUGAAUUGAAUAAAUGUCUCACUGAAAACUCCAGAAUAUGACUGUAUAUAAACAGAAAGAAAAUUUGUAUCUUCCAUUACUUUUUCAAAACAGAAAUAGCUAUAGGAGAUAUCAUGUUAGGGUCUGUAACCCUAAAAACUUUCUGUAGAGUUGAACAUACUGAUCCAAAGGCUAGCUGCUGCAAUUUUUUCUUUUUAUGUAUGUACUGAUUAUAUAUCAACCGGUCCGAUCUAUAUCUGAA